UUUAUAAAUUGUUCGAUGGCUGAAAUGAAAAUUCACCAUUCUAUAAUAAUAUAAAAAUUAGUAAGAGAGUUGUUUCCAGAGAUUUCUCCAUUUUGCGUGACACGAUGGCGCUUCGUGCUACUCAAUCGACUGGCCGUAUCGCGGCGGCGACGCUACGGCGUGUAGCUCGACCUUUAUCAACGGACGCGGUGGUGGAAUCGGAUUACAAGCGUGGGGAGAUCGGUAAGGUCUCGGGAAUCCCAGAGGAGCAUCUUUCCCGCAAGGUGAUAAUAUACUCACCAGCUAGAACUGCGACUCAGCAAGGAUCUGGCAAACUUGGCAAAUGGAAGAUCAACUUCCUCUCCACCUUAAAGUGGGAGAAUCCAUUGAUGGGAUGGACUUCUACAGGUGACCCUUAUGCCAAUGUCGGUGACUCCGCUCUUUCUUUUGAUUCUGAGGAUGCUGCCAAGUCCUUUGCUGAGCGUCAUGGCUGGGAUUAUACUGUAUGUUUCCUUCUUUGUUAUAUGUUUUUUUAUAUUUUUAUGAGAGUGUGUCACGUUCCUGAGUCUCAUGGCAGGUCAAGAAACCCAAAACGCCACUACUGAAGCCCAAGUCUUACUCGGACAACUUCAAGUGGAAAGGCAAUCCUCAGCCUGAGAAGUGAUGAUGAUCUUACAUCUUCUUCUUCCUCCAUUUCUCGGAGCAAAAGGAGAGACCUCAUUUGAUAAAUAAAAAGAAAGCUCUCAUGGUUUCUUUCUUUUAUUUUUUAGCAUCUGUGAGCUUUUUCUCUGAACUAAUAUUAUCCAUGGUUGGAUUCUUUCCGUAUGUUUCCUUAUCAUAACAAUAAUAUGACGAUUGAUUAAACAUU